GGGGAGAAGCCCUGCAAGUGCUCCCAGUGCGGGAAGAGCUUCGACCACACCUCGGCCCUCGUCACCCACCUGCGUAUGCACACCGGGAAGAAGCCACACUGUUGCGGUGAGUGCGGGAAGAGCUUUACCUUCAAAUGUGUCAUUGUCACCCACCAGCGCACCCACACCGGGGAGAAGCCAUACAAGUGUGGCCACUGCACCAAGAGCUCCAGAAGCAGCUCGGCACUGAUUCACCACCAGAACACCCACAGCGACGAGCGGCCCUACGCCUGCUCCCAGUGUGGGAUCAGCUUCUGCCAGAGUACAGACCUCAUCACCCACCAGCGCAUCCACACUGGCGAGCGGCCCUACCAGUGCCCCUGGUGCGGGAAGAGCUUCAGCCAAAGCUCCACCCUCUACACGCACCUGUGGACUCACGAGGCUGAGCGUCCCCACAAGUGCCACAAGUGCGGGAAGAGCUUCAUCAAGAGACUGGACCUGGUGAAGCACCAGCGGAUGCACACAGGUGAGCGGCCGUAUGCCUGCGCUGAGUGCGGUAAGAGAUUCUGCCGGAGCUCGGAACUUGUCUUCCACCAGUGCGUCCACACUGAUGAGCGGCCCUACAAGUGUAGCGACUGCGGGAAGAGCUUCAAGCGCAGCUCCACCCUGAACGCUCACCAGCGCAUCCACAACGGCGAGCGGCCUUAGAAGUGUCCGCAGUGCGGGAAGACUUUCUACUUGUCUGUCAUCAAGCACCAACAGAUUCACCUAUGA